GAAAAGAUCAUGCUUCCGCUAGUGAAAUUGCUGAUGCUGAUGCUCCUAUCGCAAGUUAUGGUGGAGGCGAAAAAAAUCGAAGAUAGUACAGUGUGCUAUGUGAUGCUUAAAAAAACACAUCCUUCAAUCAUGGAGUAUAUCUGCAAUGCACAUUGCAGAGAUAGAUAUGAGUGCGAGGGAGGCUACUGCAACAAAAAGUGGCUUUGUGUAUGUAAGGACUGUCCUGAAACAGCCGAACCCCGUUGAAAUCGUCUGCAUAAAGACUUCAGCGUUUACACACGAGUUUACUGAAAAACAUCUGUAAUUCAUUUUGAAAGACGGUUUUGCCUUACUAGAGGCUUUGUAAGAAUCUUGUCGAUG